GUGAGCAGUACCAGUGAACGAUUGAAAUCGCAAAUUUAUACGCAGGGAUUUACUACGCAUUUAUAAACUCUUUAUUUUUAUAACACGUUUGUUUUGUUUUGUGAAUUUUUGGAAUCUGCCAAGAAGAUGGAAAACACGUACGAUAAGAAUAAAGGUAGUGCCGGGCAGAAAGGGAUACAGUUCCAGUUAGACCUGUCUACAGUGUGUUUAUUAAAUGCCCUGGACCACCAUAAAGACUGGAAAAUCUCGUGCGAGAAUAAAAACGCCGGAAAAUAUGACGACAUUGUCAUAGAAUUGGCUGGCGAAGCCGCUGUCCUGGUCCAAGCCAAGCAUAAACAGAACAGAAAAAUCAACAAAGAGCAACUGCUCUCGCACAACUCCAAAAAUACCGACUUUAGUUUACCGAAAUAUUUCUUCUCUUACGAGGAGAUCAAGAACAAAUUUAGGAGAAGAACAGUUAUCAUUUGCACCAACACAACUAUCUACACAAACGGUCUAGAGAAUGCCUUGACCUCCCAGCGUGCCAGUCCUGAUAGUGUGUUACACUACAGAAGCGAUACCUGUUCCUAUUAUACCUUCAACGAAAGCAUUUUGCCUGAAUUAAAAAGAAACGCAGAGAUUUACUUCAGCAAGAAUUUACGAGACAAAAGUAUCGACGAAACAGUGAUUACAGAUGAAAACUUGAAAGAUUUUCUAAAAAAUCUGCAGAUUUUUUCCUCUUAUCCAUGUGAAGAUCACUUACACAAAAUUAUCGAGCAACUAUUGUGCCAUUCGAACCUUUCCAGUUUGUGUUGCAAAAUAUCCGCUCAAGAAAUAUUAAGGAAGGUGGAAGACUGGUUUAAACAACCAAAGGGUGAAUAUUUAACGGAGAUGCGCGUCAAAGCAAUGCUCUGCGAAAUAAGAAGUGACAAGUACUGCGAAUCCUUGAAAAACUACAACUUGUCGUUUGAACAGAACGAUUUCAGCUUUGCAGAUUCAAAUAGGAUAUUCCACGUCAAAGUUGAUGAGGGAUAUUUGCUGCAGGUUUUGAAAAUAUAUCACGCUCUUCAAGGUCUUAAAGGUAGAAAACUGUUCGUGAAUCCUGAUGACGGUCCAGACGUGCGGAAACAUGUAAUAGAUGCGUUUGAACUGCAGCGAUAUACCUUUUUGGUGAUAACCUGUAACAAAAUUACACAAGAAACUGUAACAAGGGAAGUAAGUGACAAAUUGAAAGGUAUUUUGGAUAAGUACAAGUACAAAAAAGUUAUCUUGGCCUCAAAGGGCGACAGCAAAUUGAUGGGACAGAUUGAAUUAGAACGUAUUUUUGAAUUCGGUGGGUCCGUAACCUUCGAGGACUUCUCAAAGGUUUGUCAAGAGAGGCUGCUGGAUAGCAAAAACGUAAUUUUCCAGGGCAAUACCGUCAGCUUAAAAGAACUAUUGCACACACAGGCGCUUAAAGUUUAUACAAAAUCCUUCGAUUCAGCAAUGCUAGAGAAGCUGAUCAGAGGGGAAAAAGUUAAAGUGGGUGUACAACCUUCAGAUUUAGACGAAGACAUUGCUUGGUAUUAUGUAAGUCGCACAUUUGAGAGACAGGUCGAUGAAACAGGGAAAACGGGGGAUGCUUUGUCGGAAGAAAGCAUUUUUAAUGUGCACGAGAAAGUGGUCAUUAUUUCUGACAGCGCUGGUAUGGGGAAGAGCACAGUUCUCACCAAGCUGUCGAUGACUAUAAAGGAAAGUAACAGUCAUUUGUGGGUUAUUAAAAUGAAUCUUAAUGAUUAUACGAAUAUUUUAAGAGACACCUUAAGGAAGAAUAGAAAUGUGAUAAGUGUAACCGAACUGUUGAAUUCCCGAGAAGCCACUAGACUCACAAACCAGUUUGAGGAAUUAGUUUUUUCGAUGAACGAAAAAGUAGUCUUAAUGUUGGACGGAAUGGACGAGAUAAGUCCCGACUACACGGAUCUCGUACUCGACUUACUCCAUCAGUGCCAGCACGGUCCUAACUUUGCAAAAAUUUUCGUUACAACCAGACCUCACGUAGCUCUCGAGUUGAAAAUAGUUCUGGGAAUUGGAUCGUUUAGACUGGUACCCUUUACGAGAUCAGAUCAGGUAAAUUUCCUCACAAACUACUGGACACGCAACUUGAACUUAAAAUACAGUAGCAAAAGGAAAUGCGAACAAUACGCUGUGAUACUGAUCGAUAAAAUAUCAUUUUGGAUACGAUCGAAUUAUCCCUCGGAAAAUCCCUUCGAGGAAAUCCCCCUGCAAGUGAGGAUGGUAGCGGAGAUCUUUCAAGAGAAUAUCAGGUGGAGGGAAUCAACGGAUUGGGAAGGAUGUAAGGAAUAUUUGAGUGGGGACAAAGCGGAACCGAAACUGCCGCAAAAAUUCAACAUCGCCAGACUGUACGAUGCGUUUAUCGAGAAGAAGAAGGAUGUCUUUAUGGACAAGGCAAAUACAAGCGGGAAUACGGCGGCGAACCAAGCGUUCCUUAACCAUUUUAAAGGAUGCCUUGCUUACCACCACAACCUUGCAUUAAAAGUGAUCCUUAACGAAACAGAAAGCCUUUUAUUCCCAAACUGCCACUCGAGUGACAAAAACAUGGAAGUUUACGUUUUAAAGAUAGGAAUUGUGCACAAACUAGCCGACGAAUUCCACUUCGUACACAGGUCCUUCGCGGAGUACUUCGUUGCCGACAGCAUAGUUCAAGAACUGCAACGUCAGAAUCCAAAUGUUGCGUUUCAGAGAUUCCUGAUCGACGUAGUGUUGCUGAAUGACAGAUUUCAAGUUGUCCGUGCUUUCUUAGAUAUUUUACUGCAGAAAGUUGCCUUGCCUCCUAAUACCUUCAAAAAUUAUCGGUGCCACACGAGUAAGACUGACUUGAAUCUCAUCUUCAAGCUUGCGGAUGAAGGUUACGUAGCAAUCCUCCAACUAAUUCUAAAGAGCAUCAAUUUCAAGAUUGUCACAGGUAAGACAGUUGACGUCAAGGAGUGGCGACCUAAAGUAACUUUUAAGAAAAGAAACACACUGAACGACCUGAAGAUCCUUGUGCGAAAAGCUGGAGUCAACAUUAAGUAUGACUCUGGCUAUAGUCCACUACAUCUCGCGGCUAAACGUGGUCACUGGGAGAUGGUGAAAUUCUUGGUCGAGCUAGGAGCAAACGUUAACUUUAGGGAUAGUGAUAACAAAACGCCACUGUAUGUAGCCGCUAAAUAUAGGAGAUGGGACACCGUUAGAUACCUUGCGGAACACGGGGCAGACGUUAACGUUAGCAACAGUGACGACAUCACAGCACUGCAUCUAGCUGCUGAAUAUGGGAAUUUGGACACCGUCUUGUGCCUCGUAGAACACGGCGCGGACGUUAACGUCAAAGAUAACAACGGCAACACGGCGUUGUAUUUAGCAGUUGAUUCAGAAAUUAACCAAGACGAUGCACUGCAUUUAGACGUUGAAUGUGACAGACUGAACGUUGUCAGAUACCUCUUGGAACACGGUGUAGUCGUCAACAUUAGAAACAACAACGCUAAUACGGCGCUGCAUCAAGCCGCUAAGUGCCGGGUAUGGGACACAGUCAAACACCUGGUGGAACGAGGCGCAAAAAUUAACGUUAAAGACAACGACGGUUACACGGCACUACAUUUAGCUGCUGAGUAUGGAAGACUGGACACGGUCACAUACCUCGCGACGCAAGGCACGCAUCUUAACACCGCAACCAAUAAAGGCAGCACGCCACUGCAUUUAGCUGCUAGCUGCGGGAGAUUGGACACGGUCAGAUACCUCGCUGAACACGGUACAGACGUUAACGCCAAGGACAACGACGGCAAGACGUCCUUGCAUCUAGCCGCUGAGCACGGAAACUUGGACGUUGUCGAAUACCUCGCAGCGCAACGUGCAAACCUUAACGUUGAAGAUAGUGACGUUAGCACAAUACUGCAGUUAGCUGCCAAGUAUCGAGAGGGGGACACUGUAAAAUGCCUCGUAGAACGCGGUGCAGACAUUAACGCGAGAUCCAACGACGGCAGCACCGCCCUGCAUCUAAUUUCUGGUUAUGACAGACUGAGCACUGUUACAUACCUGGUGGAACACGGAGCAGACGUCAACGUAAAGGACAAUGACGGCAAUACGCCAAUACAUUUAGCCGCAAAAUGUGGGAGACUGGACACUGUCAAGUACCUCAUAACGCGAGGUUCACACCUUAACGCUUGCACCAACAAGAACAGCACCCCAUUACAUUUGGGUACUAAGUACGGCAGAUGGGAUACUGUUAGAUACCUCGUGGAACACGGUACGGGCGUUAACGUUAAAGACAACGACGGCAAAACUUCGUUGCAUUUAGCUGCUGAGUACGGGAGAUUGGAUAUUGUGAAGUACCUAAUAGCGCAAGGCGCCCACCUUAACGAUGGAACGAACGACGGCAAAACGGUACUGCAUUUAGCUGCCAAACAUCAGAAAUGGGACGCUGUAAAAUGCCUCGUAGAACACGGUGUGAACAUCAACGUGAAAGAUUACGACGGCAACACGAUAUUGCAUUUAGCCGCCGACUGCGACAAGCUGGACGUUGUAAAAUACGUCGUGGAACACGGUGCAAACAUUAACGUAAGAGCCAACGACGGCAGCGCGGCGCUGCACUUAGUUGCCGGGUACAAUAGAUUGAACACUGGGAAGUGCGACACGUCGCAGCGUUCAGCUGCUGAAUAUGACAGAUUGAACACUGCGGAUUACCUGAUGGAACACGGGGCGGACAUUAACGUCAAAGACAACGACGGCAACACCGUAUUGCAUCUAGCUGCUGAGUUUGGGAGAUUGGAUACCGUCAAGUACCUCUUGGCGCAAGGUGCGACCGUUGACGUCAGGAACAAUAACGGCUGGACGGUACUGCAUUUGUCUGCUGGGUACGACAGAUUGAACGCCGUUAAAUGCUUCGUGGAACACGGGGCGGACGUUAACGCCAAGGACAAUGACGACAACACGGCAUUGCACUUAGCUGUCAAGUAUGGGGGAUUGGACACCGUCCACUACCUCGUGAAACAAGGUGCAACCGUUAACGGUAGGAACAACAAGGGGUGGACGGCACUGCAUUUGGCUGCUGAGUGUGACAAGUUGAAUGCCGUGAAAUACCUCGUAAAAAAAGACGCACAACUUAACGUUACAAACAAUGGCGGCAAAACGGCACUUUAUUUAGCCGUUGGACGUGGGAGAUUGGACACUGUGAAGUACCUCGUAGAACACGGUGCAGACCUCAAUGUUAGAACCAAGAGCGAUGACACGGCGUUGCAUUUAGCCGUUAAUUGUGGCAGACCAGACCUUGUUAAGUACCUUGUGGAAAACGGCGCUGAUAUUAACGUUAGAGCCGCUGACGGCACCACGGCACUAUCUUUAGCUGUUAAACAUAGUUACACGAGAAUUGUCAAAUACCUUGUCGAUCAAGGGGCAGGUCACCAUUGAUACCUCAAAUUCACCUAUGUUCUGAAUUCCAAUGCCCUACGUCGGCGGAAACCGUUAAGAUCACCUAGAAUUUCGCCGACGUUUUGAAUUUUUUGGUUGAAACAGCCCGAAAUCCACAAAAGCCGUUCCGAGACCAUCAAACACCGUCGUCGGAGGAAUGAUAGGAGUCGAGUACUAUCAAUAGCGGAAUAACCAGCGAAUAUCAACCUUGAGAGUUUAGCGGUGCCAUCGUCAGGUGUGACCGAACGUCAACUUAGGCAAAUACAGAUCACUUACCAGUACAAAGUUUAUGGCCAGUACGAGAAGUACAACUGUCCGUUGUCUACUACUCGUAAAAGUGAUGUGUAGAUUAUGUGUCAUCAGAAAUCAUAUAAUCCUCUCGCUAUCCAGAUUUAUGUAGAUAUAAGCAGAACCAAUUAAUAAGGCAUUAAUUUAUAAAAUAAUAUUAAUAAAUAUCUUUUGAUAUCAAAGAUUUUUGUAAGAUUAUGUGACAUGUCAAAAUCAAAAUUACAUUAAAUUGAUGUUUGUAUCUGUAAUUUUGUAAGUGGCAAUUUCAUCUGUCAUUCGAUUGUUUGUAAUAAGGAAUAAACCCUUGUUGGUUGUGAGAGUUUUACUAUUUCUUCUAUAAUAUAUUUAUAUUUAUUUGUUUUAAAUCAAAUAUAGUUAUCUUCUUAAAUAACAAUAUAACU